CUCAGCAGUAGAUUUCAGAGGGGAUUGGAGGAAAACAAGAGGGGGAGAGAAUGUGACAACUGCCGACUCUGACUGCCGCCUCGGGGAGGCCUCCUCUUGCACCUGUCUCUGCCUGUCUCUUGGCCAGCACAGUUGUUGAAUCAGACAAGCAGAGAAACAUUCUUAUUUGGCAGACCAGAACGGUGUGCACAGGGGGGAGAGUGUAAGAAAGAGAGAGAGAGAGAGAGAGAGAGGGGAAAAAAGAGACCCAGAAAGAGAGAGAGAGAGAGAGAGAACAUGACUUCUUCAUUCAAGCUGGAUUUUCUGCCGGAGAUGAUGGUCGAUAGCCGUUUGCUAGUUUCUGACAGAAUUAACGGCACAGCGAACAAGAUGAACGGAGCUUUGGAUCACUCCGACCAACCGGAUCCCGACGCCAUUAAGAUGUUUGUGGGACAGAUCCCCCGUUCCUGGUCAGAAAAAGAGCUGAAAGAACUUUUCGAGCCUUACGGAGCCGUCUACCAGAUCAACGUUCUCCGAGAUCGGAGUCAGAAUCCUCCCCAAAGCAAAGGUUGUUGCUUCGUAACGUUUUAUACAAGAAAAGCUGCACUUGAAGCACAGAAUGCCCUCCACAAUAUUAAAACUUUACCUGGGAUGCAUCAUCCCAUUCAGAUGAAACCGGCAGACAGUGAAAAGUCCAACGCCGUGGAAGACAGAAAAUUGUUCAUAGGAAUGGUUUCGAAGAAGUGUAAUGAGAAUGAUAUCAGGGUGAUGUUUUCCCCGUUUGGGCAAAUAGAAGAGUGUCGUAUCCUUCGGGGACCAGAUGGGCUGAGUCGAGUGCACAACCUCAAUAUGGAGUCUAGCCGAGGCUGUGCGUUUGUCACGUUUUCGACAAGGGCAAUGGCACAGAAUGCAAUCAAAGCCAUGCACCAGUCUCAGACCAUGGAGGGCUGCUCUUCACCAAUAGUCGUGAAAUUUGCCGAUACUCAAAAGGACAAGGAGCAGCGACGUUUACAGCAGCAGCUGGCGCAACAAAUGCAGCAACUCAACACUGCCACCUGGGGGAAUCUCACUGGUCUUGGAGGACUGACGCCACAGUACCUGGCUAGAUUAGACAUUAAUAUGGAUUUACAGCAUCGACUCUGGGGACCUUCAUUCCAACACCAGGCAGAAGCAAGAGACUGUAUAAAUCUUCUGCAGCAAGCAACCUCCUCCAGUAACUUGGGUGCCUUCAGCGGCAUUCAACAAAUGGCUGGAAUGAAUGCGUUACAGUUACAGAAUUUGGCCACUUUAGCCGCUGCAGCUGCCGCCGCUCAAACCUCAGCUACCACCACCAAUGCAAACCCUCUCUCCACAACCACUGGUGCCCUCGGCGCUCUCACGAGUCCAGUGGCUGCAUCGACGGCGAAUUCCACAGCUGGGGCGGCCAUGAAUUCUUUGACUUCUCUGGGCACUCUCCAAGGACUGGCUGGAGCCACUGUUGGAUUGAAUAAUAUUAAUGCACUAGCAGGUACCGUAAACAUUGCUCAAAUGCUCUCAGGUAUGGCCGCCCUGAACGGAGGACUCGGUGCGACGGGCUUGACGAAUGGUACAGCUGGCACAAUGGAUGCCCUCACCCAAGCCUACUCAGGAAUUCAGCAGUACGCUGCCGCGGCAUUGCCUACAUUGUACAGUCAAAGUUUGUUACAACAACAAAGUGCUGCGGGCAGCCAGAAAGAAGGUCCAGAAGGAGCAAACCUCUUCAUUUACCACCUCCCGCAGGAGUUCGGAGACCAGGACAUUCUGCAGAUGUUCAUGCCUUUUGGAAACGUUAUUUCUGCUAAAGUCUUCAUUGACAAACAGACCAAUCUGAGCAAGUGCUUUGGUUUUGUUAGCUACGACAAUCCCGUCUCUGCGCAAGCUGCUAUACAGGCUAUGAACGGCUUUCAGAUCGGAAUGAAACGCUUGAAAGUUCAGCUGAAGCGCUCCAAAAAUGACAGCAAACCUUACUGAUCUUAACCCCAGAAGCUUACUGCUAUUAAUUUAGAUUUCUUAGGACAUCUUCAUGCCCGUUAGCUUCAUCGUUUGCCUAGCAUGUCCCUGUGGCGUCUCAAAUUUUAAAAAAAAAGUUUCAUCGUCCCGUCAUUGUCUCUGAUGUCUUUCUGACCUCACAUCAUAAUUUGGUUCUCCUACUGACCUUUUGAUCUAUAGUUUGAACCUUUGAAAUUUGCAUGUGACCUCAUCUAGCUAUGAAUUCUGGGAAGUCAAUGUGAAAAGCAUUGCUGCAUUUGUGCAAGAUCGAAAUUUUAUUAUUAGUCAAAUUAAGAAUAGGGUUAUUUAAAAAAAACAAUAACACACACACAACCUGUGGCAAAAUGUUUUGUUAGGGUUUUCAGUUUUCCUUUUCUUCCUUUUUUUCUUUUUGUUUUUUGUUAAUUGUUGGUUUUUUUAAAAAAAAAACAGACUUGAAAGUAUUAUACAGAGAUUGGCAUUCUGGCUGGUCGCUGGUGACAGUAGCAAUAUGUAUCCAGAGGCACCGAAUGUUGAUUUCUUAACAGACUACUUCCAAAACAGUUUGAAGAAGAAAAACUGUCUGAUUUUAAGUCUCUAGAGGUCUGUAAUAGUUUUUACAUUUUUCAGGCAGUGUAAAGUUUUUUGAUAAGGCCAUUUUAGGUGGCUCACUUUCUCAUUAAGAAUAUAUAUAUAGAACCACUUUUUGUAGAUUAGUAAAACAGAAAAAAAAAUUUACCCUGUUUUAGGGCAAAUGCUACCUAUUUGUGUCACCUUUUGCUGAACUGACUCACAAGUUAGACAAUCCAUGAAUUAAUGCACAUGAAAAUUACCUAUAUUUUAUACUGUUUCAGUGUACAGGAGAAAAAAGUUAACUGUAUGAUGUCGUUCCAUUGGUGCUUCUGUGAAUUCAGUUGUGAUUCCAUCCUGGGUCUCACGGUCUCUUAAGUGUUCUGUGUUUAUAAAUGAGAAGUUUGAAAUUGGUUUUUACUUGAACAACAUCAACAGCAGAAAACAAAAAAAAAUUAAAUUUCAAAAAACAAAAAAA